GACGAGACCUGCCGCUGAUGCUAAGCGUUCUGUAUAGACACUCUUCAAUAACCUCUUCUCCUGCAUCUCUCUCACUACAACAGCUGACCGUCUGGAGCCGGAGCCGCUUGGAAUACUCUUAACAUUUAAAUUAUAACGGACUGCAUGGACAUACUAUUAUACAAAUGUUGGCCUAUUCAAGUAUAUUUAUUUGUUCGUGUGCUAUUUGAAGCCAGCAAACUCUCCGUGAUGUACAUAACCAUUUUGUUUUAAAUCGAAAUUGGCCUUAAGCAAAAAGCAGAAAAUUCCAAUUCCUGCCAACUCUCAGUUUGUCCAUUGCAAAAGAAAGAGAUUGUCGACAUCAAUAGGGCUUAUGUUAGAUUAAAUAGUCUAAGGCAAAAAGUAACUUGGUUUCAAAAAUAUAUAUUUUGCUUUUCGGUGGCACAUCAGAUUCCUUUCUCACAAUGGCCGAUGCUAGCGCAGAAUGUAACAUCAAGGUGCUAUGUCGCUUCCGUCCUCUGAAUCAAUCCGAAAUUAUCCGUGGAGACAAAUUCAUCCCCUUGUUCCAAGGAGAUGACACCGUCAGUAUCGCGGGGAAGUCCUAUGUGUUUGACCGGGUGUUCCCCACCAACACAACACAGGAACAGGUGUACAACACCUGCGCCAAACAGAUAGUCAAAGAUGUACUCGGGGGAUACAAUGGCACCAUCUUCGCCUAUGGACAGACCUCCUCUGGAAAAACACACACCAUGGAGGGCAAGCUGCAUGACCCUCAUGGGAUGGGGAUCAUCCCUAGAAUUGCAGAGGACAUCUUCAAUCACAUAUUUGCAAUGGAUGAAAACCUUGAGUUCCACAUCAAGGUGUCCUAUUUUGAAAUAUACAUGGACAAAAUCAGAGAUCUUCUGGAUGUGACUAAAACCAAUCUGGCAGUGCAUGAGGACAAGAACAGGGUGCCAUAUGUGAAGGGCUGCACUGAGCGCUUUGUCUCCAGCCCAGAGGAGGUGAUGGAUGUUAUUGAUGAAGGAAAAGCCAACCGCCAUGUUGCUGUCACCAAUAUGAAUGAGCACAGCUCCAGGAGUCACAGUAUCUUCCUGAUCAACAUCAAGCAGGAGCACGUGGAGACAGAACAAAAACUGUGUGGGAAGCUCUACCUGGUGGACUUGGCUGGGAGUGAGAAGGUCAGUAAGACAGGAGCAGAGGGAGCUGUGCUGGAUGAAGCUAAGAACAUCAACAAGUCUCUAUCUUCUCUAGGAAACGUCAUCUCUGCUCUGGCCGAGGGAACCAAGACCCAUGUGCCAUACCGUGACAGUAAGAUGACCCGUAUCCUGCAGGACUCUCUAGGGGGGAACUGCAGGACCACCAUGUUCAUCUGCUGCUCUCCAUCCAGCUACAACGACCAGGAGACCAAGUCCACACUCAUGUUUGGACAACGAGCUAAGACGAUCAGGAACACAGCGUCAGUGAAUCUGGAGCUGACGGCAGAACAGUGGAAGAAGAAGUAUGAGAAGGAGAAGGAGAAGAACAGGAUGAUGAAGGAGACGGUACAGAGGCUGGAGUCUGAGCUCAACAGGUGGAUGAAUGAUGAGGAGGACUCAGAGCUGGAUCAGUUGUGUCCUGGUGCUGUGCCUCUUGAGUGUCUGAUACCCAGAGAUGACAGUCUGGGUCGGCUCCCCAGAGAAGAGAGCUCCUCCUCCGGUCUGAGUCGGCUGCCUAGAGAAGACAGUUCCUCCUCUAUAGUGAUCAGGAUCUCAGAGGAGGAAAGACAGAAGUAUGAGGAGGAGAUACGCAAGCUCUACAAGCAGCUGGACGACAAGGAUGAUGAGAUCAACCAGCAGAGUCAGCUGGCGGAGAAGCUGAAGGAGCAGAUGCUGGACCAGGAAGAGCUCCUGGUCUCCUCCCGUGGGGACAGUGAGAAGGUGUCAUCAGAGCUGGGCAGACUACAGAUGGAGAGUGACAUUGCCAAGGCGGAGGUGAAGGAGGUUCUACAGGCCUUAGAGGAGCUGGCUGUUAACUAUGACGAGAAGAGCCAGGAGGUGGAGGAUAAGAGUCUACAGAACAAACUACUGGCUGAGGAACUGGCUAAGAAAAUGGCCCACCUGAUGCGAAUUGAGGCGGAGCUGUCUCGUCUACAGGAAGUGAGCAGUCAUCAAAGGAAACGCAUCGCUGAGGUUCUCAACGGCCUAAUGAGGGACCUCUCUGAGUUCAGUGCCAUCGUAGGCAACAAAGACAUCAAACUGCCGAUGGAAAUAACGGGUGCGAUCGAGGAGGAGUUUACGGUGGCCCGUCUCUACAUCAGUAAGAUCAAGUCAGAGGUCAAGUCCAUGGUGAAACGCUGUCGUCAGCUGGAGAACCUUCAGAUGGAGUGUCAUAGGAAGAUGGAGGAGACGGGAAGAGAGCUGUCCUCCUGCCAACUCCUCAUCUCACAGCAUGAGGCGAAGAUCCACUCCCUGACAGAGUACAUGCAGAACAUAGAGCUGAAGAAUAGACACUUGGAGGAUAACUAUGACUCUCUGAGUGAAGAGCUGGCCAAACUCCAUGCCCAAGAGAGCAUGUCAGAGAUGACAAAGGGAGAGAACCAGGCGGACAUCGAAGAGUCUGCUGAUGUUAAGAGGGCUCUGGUGCAGCAGAUGGAGUCUCACCGUGAGACGCACCACAAGCAACUGGGACGUCUCCGAGACGACAUCAACGAGAAACAGAAGAUCAUUGACGACCUCACUGAUCGCAACCAUCGUCUUCAUCUGGAGUUGGAGCGGCUGAGGAGCGACUUUGACCGUCUUAGGAGUCAGGAGCACCACAAGACAUUGCAACUGGAGGAGCUGACAUUUCUUCAUGAGCGCCACGAGCAGUCAAAGCAGGACCUUAAAGGACUGGAAGAGACUGUGGCCCGUGAACUCCAGACCCUGCACAACCUGCGGAAGCUUUUUGUUCAAGACCUCACAACUCGAGUCAAAAGGCAGCAUUCAGAGAUGGAGCCAGAUGAUAGCGGGGGAUGUAGCCACCAGAAGCAGAAGAUUUCCUUUCUUGAGAACAACCUGGACCAGCUUACAAAAGUUCACAAACAGUUGGUACGUGAUAAUGCAGACCUGCGUUGUGAGCUUCCUAAGCUGGAGAAGCGUCUUCGGUCUACAGCUGAGAGAGUGCGGGCGUUGGAAGGUGCACUGAAAGAGGCUAAGGAGGGGGCCAUGAAGGACCGUAGACGCUAUCAACAGGAAGUGGAGAGUAUCAAAGACGUUAUGAGGGCCAAGAACCCCCUCCGUAGGCAACAUGCUGCCCAGAUAGCCAAGCCCGUCCGUCCGGGCCAGUUCCCACUCUGCUCCCCCACCAACCCGUGGGUUCGCAUUACUGAACAGCAACACUCCAUCCAUUUUAGUAACGCCAUGUUCCAGAUCCCCAGCCAGACAGCUAGCCAUCACACCAGCCACCCUGCCGCUCCCCCAGCUACAGCAUCUAACUCCAACCCCACCCAGACCAACAAUCACCACUCCAAUGAGACCAGCCUCCAUCAGACCAAGACGCUGCCAGCUGAGCCACCCAACACCACCACAGUGGACAACGGCACAGUAAAGGACACUACAGUGCAGAAGACUACAGUGGAUAACCCAACAGUGGACAAUGCCGCCACAGUAGAUCAUUCUCCAGUGAAGCACCCUACAGUGGAUAACACUACAGUGAAUAGUGCCGCAAUGGAUAACUCCCCAGUGAAGCACCCUACAGAGAAGGACACUACAGAAAAAGGCUCUACAUUGAAGGACCCUACAGUCAACUCUACAGAAAUGGUGGAUGUUGACAGUGUCAACGGGAACACUACAGAUAUUAAUGACAACAGGAAUGAUGUGCAGCACUGCGACAACCACAACCAGGAGAACCCAGCCAAACUGCACCACGUCAUCCAGCCAGAACAGACUGCCAGCUAGUGACCCAUCUCGAUAGGUGUCCGGUUCUGCCAAGACUUACCUCGUAAAUUCGCAUGCUGCGGAUCAACGGCCCUCUGAUCACCCCUCUAUCCUCCUCCCCUCUUUCCCAGUAACACCAACUCUCUUCCUCCCUCUGUAGAACUCUCUGUAGCCCUCCACCCUCUCCCUUUCUCCACCUUUUCCCCUCUGCCUCUCCUGCUUGCUAUCCGCCUGUCCACUCUCUUGAACCAUUUGUCCAAUACUUUGUAGGUGAUAUGAAUAUAACGUACUGUACUAUGUGGGUAUGGGGGUAUGUAUAGUAGGCCUACUGUAUGGAUUGUGUAUACAAAGGAACAAUGGCAGCAUAGAAAACUCUGUAACUGAACCACUAGGCUUAGGUCCCAAAUGGCACCCUAUUCCCAUCGGGCUCUGGUCAAAGGUAGUGGACUAUAAAGGGAGUAGGGUGCCAUUCGACACACAACCUAGAAUUGGCAGCUUCCUCUUCCUCUAAGCCCUUACUAUUCCUCUGACCCUGUUGGAAUGAAUUGGAGCUGUACUAGCCAAUGAGGAUUGGAGCAUGAUGGUGCAGUGUUCUGUGUGGCAAUAGGGCGCGCUCAUCCUGCUCCGUCUUGGAGGUACAGUACAUUGUGAGGGUAAAUGACGAGACAUGAUCCUUUUAGGCUCUUUUGGCCUUUUCUGUACCUAUAUCAAAAAUAAGAGUAUACAGUAUAAGCCUAAUACCUCUAUUCAACACAAAGAGAAUCGGUUGGAAAAUAGAUGUAACGGCAUUCAUAGGAAGAAGGUGAGGACCAAGGUGCACGCGUUCAAAUUAUUUAUUCGAAACUGAACACUAAAUACAAAAUAACAAAAGGAAUAACCGAAACAGUUCUGACAGGUGAUACACACACUCAACAGAAAACAACUACCCACAAAACACAGGUGGGAAAAGGCUACCUAAGUAUGGUUCUCAAUCAGAGACAACAAUAGACACCUGCCUCUGAUUGAGAACCACACCCGGCCAAACACACAGAUAUAGAAAAAAAUAGAACACAAAACAUAGAAUGCCCACCCCAACUCCCGCCCUGAUCCAACCAAAAUAGAGACAUAAAAAGGAUCUCUAAGGUCAGGGCGUGACAAUAGACAACAACCGGACAACAAUUGGAGAUUGAUCGAAGUAAUACACACACGCAGAGCACGGCAACGUCUUAAUUUAAAAGUGAACAUAUUCAUACAUGACCAUUUUUCACUCUAUUCUAUUCAUGUAUAUAGAAGUAUAUACAAUAUCGAUGUAUAUGUGCACCCCAUUAAGGUUGAUUCUGUAUUGGACAAGUGUUUUACACAGCUGACUGAUGUCAUAGUAAUAAUGAUACUGUUUGCUAACUGAGCAGGUUAACAUAGCAGACAGCUGUUUCUUUAACUUCCACAAUACCAUUAAGACAACAGAUGACUUCUUCUCUUCCUUAUGGCCGGUUGAGUAGUCAGGCCCAGAGCCAUAUAUUUACUUAUUUUGUAAAUAUGGCACUGGUCAGGCCGAGUGUGGUUGGAGACUUCUGAACAGUACUGUAGGUAGAGGGCAGAUCAAGAUUGCUGUGCUAGUGACAGUGUUUUUUAAAUGCUAUAAGAAAUAGAGCUUACAGCAGCAUUAUACUCAAGAGUAAAUAGCUGAUGAAUGUGGAUGAGUUAGAUCAUAGGUCAUACACAAACUUCCUCCAGCAGGUUCAUUGUUGUACUUGUAUGUGUGUAUGUCCAUAGAAUAACAGCAACUACAGUCAGACGCAAGCAUGUCUAUCCUAUGCUGACGCUCCAACCAAGCCCUUCAAGGCUUGCUUUCAGAGUAAUGUAUGCUUUAAUGUAUGCUUACUAAUGCAGUAACUCUUAAGGUUUUCAUCAAAUAGGUUAUCUGCUAUGAUGCAAACUACUAAAAGUAAAGAAUAAAAAGUCUGGUGAAAAAAAUGACAGGAUUUUAAAAAAUUUAAAAGUUGUGCUUCUCAAUGCAUCAAUACAAGACUGAAAGAAGGGAGCUAUAUACUGUACAGUAUAUAUAUUCUAUGAAGAAAGAAAGACAGAGAUACUUUGGAGCUGUAACAUACUACUUUAUCUACCUGGGUUGGAGGUUCUGUAGGUUCCAUGGGGUUCCAUAGGGUUCUCUAGGAUUCUCUAGUGUUCUAUAUGUUCCAUAGAGUUCUAAGGUUCUAUAGGGUUUUCUAGAUUUCUGAUGUACCUUCAUCUCAACAUGUUUGUUCCGCUGUGAUGUGUCCAGUGGUCUUCAAUUACAUUCACCAACACAGAAUGGAAAAUAUAACUGGGUAAAAAAUAACAGAUUUAGUAAUUGUGUAGCAACUAUUUUUAUACUGUUCAUUAUUUAAUUUUUUAUUGUUAUUAUUGAAUGUGAUGUUAUUUACUGUAUAUGUUUACUCUUGAGUUGCACAUGGUUGUUCUUAUGUUAAUAUAUACUAUUUAUUCAUUCAUUGUUUAUUGAAUGCUAACUGAUCAGUCAGAAUACAUUUUGGU